AUGUUUGUCACAAAGGUUCUCAAUCGACUUUCAAGUUUCACUUCUAAACAGUUGGGAGAACAUAAAUUAUGUAUUAAAUCAUUUUCAACGGUUAUCGAUGAACUCAAACCUGCGGAAAGCGGAACACCUGACAAAUUAUAUAAGCAAAUAGAACUUGAAGUACGAGGAAACGAUCCAGCCGUACUUAAAAGCUAUUCUAUUUUUGCAUUAACAACAGCGAAACAUUUGGGUAUUGAAGUUGGUAAUAUAACUGUUCCUUAUAAACCCAUACAUCAGCGAAUGACACUUCUUAAAUCGAAACAUGUACACAAAAAACAUAGGGUUCAAUAUGAAAUGAGAACAUAUUUUAGAUUUAUAAACUUUUUAAAAUUAACUGGUUCAACUGCGGAUACAUUUUUGGAAUACAUUGAAAGGAAUUUACCAGAAGGUGUAGCAAUGAAAGUUACAAAAACUGAAAUUCAAAAGUUACCAGAGUCUAUCUCCAGUUCACAUUUAUAAAAAUAUUUUAUAUAUAAGAGCUCCAAAUUAGUAGUAAUUUUGA